AUGCCUCAUGGAUGUAGGUACGAAACCCCUCCCACGGCCAUCAAACUGUUGCUUGGAUUCUGGGCGACGAGCGACGAGUACCUUAUCAAUGGGUUCUCGGCUGCAUUGCGCGUCAGUGGUCCAACGAUGCGAGGGGAUUCCAGCCGUAUAAAGAGCUCGACAGCCAGAAUCAAGGCGACAGAAGAAUCGCCCAAGUCGACAUCUCAAACCAUAUUCGAAAGAGAUGCCUCUCCCAAUGCACGGUUCUUUCAAGGCGGCACUCUGGACCUGCAUCCGGAGUCGGGAUUGGCUGCGCUGAAGAAGGCCGGUCUAUAUGACGCAGCGCACGAGCAUCUUCGAUACGACGGCGAGGAGAUGUUCAUCACAGACAAGAACAACACGGUCCUGACCCACAUGCAGGACCUCGACAAAACAUCCGGUGACUCCGAAUAUGCACGGCCAGAGAUCGACCGCGAAGACCUCAAGGGAUUACUCCUGAAAAGCAUCAACCCGGAGUCGAUCCAUUGGGGCAAGACGCUACAGUCUGUCGGCCCCAGUGCGGGCAUCUUGACUUUCCGUGACGGACCCACAGCUGGACCAUUUGACCUGGUCGUGGGUGCAGAUGGCGCGUGGUCAAAAGUGCGAGAUGUCUUGACAGAUGUGCGGCCAUGUUAUUCUGGCAUCUGCGGCUUUGAAAGCACCAUCCCAACAUCCCACGAACAGUACCCCAAAAUCUCCAAGAUUGUCGGUCGAGGUAGCUAUCUUGUGUCCUCAGACCAUGUGAACCUGACCGUGCAACGAAUGGCCAACGAAAGCUUGAAGGUCGGGAUCUGGAUUGCCGGCAACGAGACAUAUCCAGCGGACCUGAUGGCCGCAUACGGUAGCGACGAGGCGAAACUGAAGGACAAGGUCAUCGAGAACUACAUCGGCUGGGCUUCUGAUAUCCUGCGAUGCAUCCGCGCUAGCACCAACUUCCGGCCCUGGCCCCUAUACGAACUGCCAGUAGGCAAUACGUGGGACCACAGGAACGGGUUCACCCUGAUUGGUGACGCCGCUAGUCUCAUGACUCCGUUCGCAGGCGAGGGGGUCAACAAGGCAAUGGCAGAUUCGCUGGAGUUGGCUGAGGCGCUCGAACAGGCGUCGCAUAGUGGUCAGGACAUGGAUGAAGGGGUGCGACAAUACGAAACCAACAUGUUUCCCAGAGCAAAGCGCUAUCAGACUCUCACGCAACGAAACAAGGUGGCCAUGUUCAGUGAAAAUGGAGCGGUCAAUCUCAUGGUCGGGAUGGUCGACCUCAUUGCCGAAGAGCUUGGAUUCAACAUCGACAAGGGCUGUUUGGCUUGGAUUCCCGUCAGAAGUGUGAUGUUCUGCUGGCUUUCAUUCUGGCAGAAACUCGGUAUCUGGAGGAGGAAAGCAAGAGAAUUGUUCUCCUCACAGUCAUGA